AACUUUUUUCCCCGCGUAUCUCCCCCUUGGUUCCGCGCGACACCGCGUAAAAACAAUCCGUCGGGGAUAUAUAAGUGAUCUAGCGGGGUACAUGAGACGUAGUCAGUCCGCAGUACCGACGAGAUCGCAAGCACCCGCUAGCAACAUGUUCAAGCUGAUCGUCCUUCUCGCCAUCGUCGCCUACGCGUCCGCCGGUCUCUACUCCGGAUACGACGGAACUUACGGCUAUGGUGGUUACGGCUACGGCAGCUACGGCUUGGGUCAUGGGAUCGCACCUGCGGUUCCAUACGCUCCAAUUGCAACCAGUUACGCCAAUACGUACAAGGUCGCGGUUGCCCCGACUGUCGCUAAGUACGUUGCACCUGCCUACACGAAGGUGGCGUAUGCACCCGCCGUCACAAAGCUUGCUUACGCUGCACCUGCUGUCACUUACGCGGCGCCAGUGAGCUACGGUCACUACGGAUACUCGGUUCCACCUUCUUACGGUCUUGGAUACGGAUACGGACAUGGAUACGGUCUUGGUUAUGGCUAUGGAAUCGGCCACGGUGGCUACGGUGGCUACGGUGGAUACGGCGGAUACUAUCAUUAGGGUAGGACCACGGGACCUCUGGGAGCCCUCUGGGAGUGAUCGCCUUCUUCGACGAGCUCGAUCGUGACGGCUGCAACCGCACAGCCUGCGCUUACUGCCACGAACUCUCUGUCAUCAGCUAUGUACAUGAUGUUUAUAAUAUAGACGUUCUCAUCUUUUA